AACCAACUAAUGCUCUACGAGUCCAGUCAAUAUGACACUGGUUGUAGUGUUGUGAAAAACACAGUUGAAAUUGUUGUUUCACAGUUCAAUUCAAACUAGAGUUGAGUCAUCUCCAAAACAGAGAAACAAAGCAGUUGUGUUGAUCACCCCCUCCACCUUUCUAGAGUUUACUGAAGUAGAAAAAAAAUCUAUUGGUAAAGAACUAACUUAGACACGCAUAAACACACACACAUAUAUAUACGCAUACAAAGACGUACAAAAAGUCGACCAAUUUACAGGCAUCGAACUUUUUGUUUUCUUUUCAAAAGCAUCAGGAACAUAGAGAUCAUUUGUGGGGAAUUAUUAUUAUCAUUGAUUACUUUUUUCACAUUCAGUGAAGUAUUUUUUUUACACAGGAGCCUAUUUCUGGAAUAUAUACACGGAAGGACUUAUUAUUAAAGGCGACUGCUGUAAUCAAAGUCUGUUUAUUAUUUCAACACCAUCUUGAAACACGACGAUAACAAACAAUCGAACAGACAAAAUAUAUAAGAAAAAACACACAAUCUGUCAAUUUCACAUGCCAACAUCAAAUGAAGCCUACCUGUAUUCUGAGACAACACAACAAGAAGACGAAAUGAAAAUGCGUUCACCAAUGCCAACAGAUCCCAAUCGUACUGAGUCUAUGCAGGAUUUAGCUGAUACAGUUGAUCAGAAUGGUCUUCGUGAAUAUCUAUCCACGGAAUCAAUCCAAUGUGUCAGUAAUAAUAAUAACAAUAGUAAUUCAACAAAACUGACGAAUAUGACAAAUAUGAAUGCAUCAAUGAAUAGUAUAAAUGACGUAACUAUGAAAUCGGAACAAAGUAAUAAUUCUACAAAUAGUAGUGGAGGUGGGGGUGCUGGGAACACUAGUGGUGGAAGUAGUGGUAGUAAUAGUAGUAAUGGUCAAUUUUCUAAAAGUCAAAAAAUGUCUCACCCCACACAUAAUCAUCAUCAACAUCACCAUCAUCACCAGCAUCAUAAUCAUAAUCAGAAUCAUUCGCAUUCAUCCCAUCAACAUCAUAACAGUAAUGGUGGAGUUGUUGAAAAAAUGUCUAGAACAAAUUUGUACAUAAAAGGAUUACCUGAAAAUUUUGAUGAUGAUCAACUUUGGCAAUUACCACCAGAUCAAACAAAAAUAAAAUCGGUUAAAGCGGCUACUGAUGAGGAUACAAAAUGUCGUGGCUACGGAUUUAUCGAUUUCAUUUCUGAAGAUGCCGCCAAUGAAGCCUUACAACAAAUUAAAGAAACUCAUCCUACAUUUACAAUUAAAUUUGCAAAGGAGAAUGAAAAAGACAAAACAAAUCUGUAUGUAACAAAUCUUCCUCGAACAUGGACUACAAAGGAUAGUGAUCAGUUGAAGGCUGUAUUCGAACGAUUUGGUCAUGUACAAUCUGCUUUUGUUAUGAUGGAACGAUUAACAAAUAAAACAACUGGUGUUGGUUUCGUACGAUUUGUUAAUGAACAAGAUGCAGUGAAUGCCUUGGAAUCGCUGAAGUUAAAUCCACUUACACUGCCUGAAUGUUCUGUUCCAGUUGAAGCGAAAUUCGCAGAUAAACAUAAUCCUGACACAAGAAGACGACGGUAUCCUGUGACAGCGGCAACUGCUGCCGCCGCUGCAGCCGCGGCCACAAUGAUUGCAAAUGUCAAUUACAACAGCCUCUUAAAUUGUCCUUUGUAUACAACUCCGAAUGGUUUAACACUAACAUCUCAGGAUGCAUUAGCUUCAUUGCUGAAUACAGGGCUGGUUAGUCCGUCUAUUGUUAACAAUCAAAUAGCCAGUCUGUCAGCUUUGCAUAAAUCAACAACAGAUUUUACAUCAGGUAUCAAUACAGAUUUAUUGGGUAAUUUUAUUCAACCGGGUAAAUUUUCAAAUAAUUUAGUCUGUAAUAAUACAACAACAAAUAAUGGUAAUAACAAUACUACCAUCAAUAAUAAUAACAAUAGUAAUGGUAAUAAUAAUAACGGCUUGACGGCUGACUUCAAUGGAACACAUUCAGCGAAUCAUUGUGAGCCAAGUUUAGCUGCCUUGGCUGCAGCUGCCGCUGCAGCUUCAACAAUAUUCGGUGGAUCACCAACACCGAAUGGUUUUGUGAAUAAUUGUCUACGCUCAAAUCAUGCUGCUGGGGGAUCAGCGUUAAACGGUGGCCUGUUAUCAGCCAAUCAGAUUGCAUUACUUGGAACUCCAGCUAUUCCUUCACCAGAUACAAAGUUAUUUGAUCCUAAUCUGUAUGGAUGUUCUUUAUACGGAACUGAAUAUUUUCGCCCACAACAACAACAGCAGUCCCAUCAGCAAUCACAACAGCAACAGCAGCAGCAACAACAACAAUUGCUUUCUGCUGCCAUGGCGGCAAUGGCUAAUCCAGCCUUACAAGGAUGUGUUUAUCCAACUACAGCAGAUUUAAAUUCCUUUAAUACAACUUAUCAUAAUUUAUUGAAUUCCCAUAAUACAACAACAAUACCAAUGCAAACUGAUCCUGUUGGGAAUUGUUUAACUGGUACAGCUGAUAGUAUUGGUUUAAGCGGUACAAUCUAUGCUAGUCAUCAACAACAAUCUCAACAAUCUCAGCAAUCACAACAGCAACAACAACAACAGCAACAGCAGCAACAGCAACAACAACAAAACAAUUUACUCUCAUCAAAUCCAAUUCCAGGUUCAUUAACACAUAUUCCUGAUUCACUGACUAAUUCUAGACCAGAUAGUGGAUUAUAUCAAUGGUUAAUACCAAGUCAUAUAAUUAAAAAUGGUAAUAAUGAAUGUCGUGUAACAAUACCAUCACCAGCUUUUUCAUUGAAUCCAGCUAAUCAUUUAAUUGGAUUGGAUAAAGCUAAUAGGCAUAUGCAAAUGUUAUUAUAAAUACUUUGAUUAUACCGUAAUGGAGUAAACAUAUAAACAAGGAAACCCCGGAAAAUCUUCUUUUUUUCUUGUUGAACAAUGAUACAAUACUCCGUCUACUUGUUAACCUUUCUUCCUUUAUUGCUAUAGUUGAAUUGAUAGUCUGUUUAACAAACACUAUGCGUACUGUCGACUUGUUUGCAAGAAUAAUUGUAUGCCUGUGUAAAUGUGUGUGCAUAUGUGUUGUAUGUUAGCGUUGCUGUGUGCGUGUGUGUGUAUGCGUUUUGCUACAUUGAGUAGUAAUUUCUGAUAUUGAUCAACGAUACGGACAACUAAAUAAACUGGUAAAAGCGCGCAACUGACAAAGCAUUUUUUCUUUCUGUCUCUAUCUCAAUCUAUUCAAACUACUUUUUUUAAAGAAACACGAAUUUGAUUUUUCUUUUUGUUCAUUUAAGUUGUGGUUAUUUUGUUUUUCGUGUUUUUUUUGAAAUUAUCAUUGAAUUAAAAAGAAAGAAAAAACUUUCUACUACUUUCAUCAGCCAACGAAAAGUUGGUGAUGUAAUGCCUCAGAGUGAUGAAUAUUGUUUAUUCAUAUUGAUUCAAAUCUCUUUGUGCGUUAGUCAUUCAAAUGUGAUAAUGACUUAUUCAAGUGUUAAUCGAUCAUAUUACAACAACGAAUCCUUCUCAAUCUUUCAGGUGUGUGUGCGUGGGUGUAUAAGUGUGCAAAUAUGCUGAUUGGAUUAUUUAUCUACACCUGUCUGUCUAUCUAUCUACCGAUCGACUACAGUUGCCUGUGUUUGUGUGUGCGUAUGCAUGUAUGUAUGUCAGCCAAUCAGAAGUGAAUACAGCCUCAUUUGAAAAUUCGCCAUGAUACCUAAGAGCAUGGUAACCCACAAAUAAAAGACUGGGGAACACAGCUGCUCUCAUCACUUUAUUUUCUUUCUUUUUUAAUGCAUCUAUUUUAAUUCCAACAGGAUUUAUACAGUUCGAAUUUUUCAAAAACAAGAUAAAACAAACAAACAACAAAAAUGAACAGUUCAUAAUUCAAAAUGGAAACUAUUUUGUGUUUUGUUUUAUCUUUUUGGUUCACAUAAGCUUCUUCUUUUUUGUUGUUGUUCCCUGUCAUUAUUGCCUUCUCUUUUUUUUUCUUUCCUUAUGGUGUAAAUUGAUUAUUAAAAAAUAAUUGUGAACGGGUGGUGAAGAUUAUUUGAUCGGAUCUGAGCUAGUGAUGCUUAUGAAAGGAGAAGAUAAAUGUAUUCAGUGGUGUAACGAUGAAAUAGGAUAUUUUUGCCCAAUUUUCUUUCCUUUUUAUUGCUUUUCUUAACAAAAAGAGGAUGGUUUUAGGGAGAAAAAGUAACGUAUUUUUAGAAAUAAAAUCAAACUGGGGAAAUAACACAGAUGAAAUACACAGUUUAUCUGAUCUUUUCAAAGCUUGAAAAAAGAGGGUCCAGGUGGGGGUGGGUUGCGUGGCUGGCUGGGAAAGUUGUAUUACUUUUUUGUAUUUUUUUUCUCUUUCAAUCUCACUUUUUCUGAAUUCGACUUCAUCCUUUAAUGUACUCACUUUCUCUGUAUAAUAGAGAACAGUAAGGUCUUUUGUGUUCAGACUGAUGUUUGUGCACUUCUGUAUUCACUGUGU